AUGGUCUUUCUGUUCUACGAUGUUCUUGCAUAUCUCUUCUCUCUCCCUGGCUUCACGACUCGGGACGCUCUGUCGUUCGCCUCCACAUGCAAGGAAUACCAAAUCAAGCGGUACGGUGUGCAAUUCGCGUAUGAAUGCACCGUCGCCCAGCCUUCCUCAAUAGCUUUCCGAUCAUUCUGUACAUCUCUGCUCAUUAAACACAACCAACACCCGGAACUCGACGGUCUGCCUUCUUUGCGGAGGCUCGUGGUCCCGAGGUUGGCGAAUGACGCAGAGCAAACCAACGGUGAAAAGAAUGUCUAUGACAAACUUUUGGCGGAAUUUUUCACGGAGCUACGAAACAGGACGUCUUGCAAUUUGCUUUCUCUUUCCAUAACCAACGUCAAUGAUAUCUGGGAACUGAGUGCCACGCAUGUGGCCACUUUAUCUUCGCUUAAGGAGAUAGAUUUCCGUCACGUUACGGUUUCGGAGCUUCAGCUCUUCUGCCAGGACUUCAAGCCGAAGAAAGAACUCAAGCUCACACUGGGUAAUAUGAUGCCGAGCGACGGCGUCCCCCAGGUCUUGGCGAUUAUCAGACCUCUUGAAAAUCUCACAUCGCUUACUCUGAUAGAAGUGGAAUAUCCAAGGGAAGAUGCAAUCGACGCAAGUAUCCAUAAGCUAUAUGGCCCGCGUCUUCCCGAAUCGACUGACUGUUGGGAGACAUUGGAACACCUUGACAUUGAUAUGUCUGCUUUCGACGUAUGGGACAUUUCAGGCUGCAACGUUCGUUGGCUAGAGUUGGAACUAUUGCACGAGGAGAAUGGAGAACCCAUCGAUCGCGAGUCAUACGAAGUCGUGUUGUCUGCGGAUAUUUGGGAUAAAAUGUCACCUGUGGCAUUGACAGUGCAGAUGCCUAUUUGCCCUGGCCUUCUGACGCUCGCCAAGACUCUUACCCGGUGCUUCGGUGGACCCGGUGGGCUCAAAUGCCUCGAACUACUGCUGUGGCAGGACCUUCGCGUUAGGUCUGACCAUUUGGCUGAUGAACCGGAUGACUCGUUGGACGAUGAAUCGGACGACUCGUUGGAUGAUGAAUCGGACGACUCGUUGGAUGAUGACUUGGACGACUCGUCGGCGGUUGGUGUUGUCUCCCAGUUGAUGCAAAGGAUGUGUGAUGUUUGGGAGCCUCUCUCAGGCACUUCACUCGUGUACUUCCGCAUCUACAUCAUCACAGCUCGCGAAGUCGAUCGCAAGGAGCUGUUCCAGGCGCUCGUGGAGGAGGUGAGGCAGCAUCUGCCGUCGGUGCGCUAUGUGUCGUUGGGCGUCGGUCCCGGUUCGGAGACUCGGCCGUUCAAAUUGAAGCUCGAUCCUGCCGGAAAUCCUCAUUGGCGAUUUGUGUGGUACCGGAUUCCUGAAGACGGCUCAGGGCCAAAGGAGAUGGGCUUAAACAUUGGUGAGAAUCUGCGGAAGCAAAUGUUAACUCCAGGAUAUGACUUCGACAAGCUCUCAACUUACUCGCCGACACGGAGCGCUCAACAAGUUCGGUUUCGCGGGCUGAACCCUGACUCGGAUGAUGACGAUGCAGAUUCAGAUUCGGAUGCAUGA